CAGCGUUACUGAUAUUCUGCGGAUCGAUUAUGCUCUCGGCCAAAUUGAUCGAGGGACAGUGCAACUACAACAAAAUCUAGUUCCUGGCACCACGUAUUACAUCUACAACUACCGUUACCCGCAAUUUUAUAAUGGAUCACAAUCGUGCGUGUGGACCAUCACCAGCGACUAUCGAGUGAACUUGACUUGUACCGACUUCAAGUUACCAUGGAGUUACAACUGCUUUCAAGACAGUUUAACCGUGCAAAUCAAUUCAACCACCUCGCAUCGUUAUUGCGGCAACGGAGGAUUUAAUAUCGCAUCCUCGUCGAGCUCUAUGGUCGUGACACUGUCGUCGCCCACGUGGUCGCGAGGUGGUCGGUUUCUCUGCAAGGUUCAGGCGGUGAAGAGGCCGCAAGAUUCCAUCGAUUGCCAAUGCGGAUGGAACAAUCCUUCGAGGAUCGUGGGCGGAACCGACACGGGAGUGAACGAAUUCCCAAUGAUGGCCGGCAUCGUGGACGCCGACAAUCGCGACGUGUUUUGCGGAUCCACUAUAAUAUCCGUGAGAUACGUGUUGACAGCGGCGCAUUGCAUGACGAACAGGAAUUAUACGCGAUUAGGCGUGUUGGUCGGCGAUCACGAUUUAAAUUCGGGGACGGACACAAACGCGACCAUGCUGUAUCGGGUGAGUAAAAUGAUCGUGCAUCCGAAUUACGCCGAGGAGAAUUUCAACGACGUGGCACUUUUGAAAACGACGAGAAAAAUGGAAUUUGGAAAUCAGGUUGGCCCGGCCUGCCUACCUUUCCAACACUCGCCCGACACUUUUGCCGGCUCGUACGUUCAAUUGUUGGGUUGGGGCAGUACGAGUUUCGGUGGACCACCAUCCGAUAUCUUGCAAAAAGUUACGGUGAGCGUGUUGACAAAUCUUCAGUGUUCCAAAUUUUAUUCGGAUUUAACGCCUCAACAAAUGUGCACAUACGCGAAGGACAAGGACGCGUGUCAGAUGGACAGCGGGGGACCGGUUCUAUGGCAAAAUCCUACGACCAAGCGAUUCGUAUUGGUAGGAAUCAUCAGUAUGGGUAGCGGUUGUGGCGACUCUAGUGGUAUAAAUACCAGAGUCGGUCCUUACAUAGACUGGAUUGUCUCAGAAACUGCAGAUUCUACGUAUUGCAUCAGCGAAUAAGACAGUUCGAUCGGCUCGACUCGAUUCGACGCGGAUAGCGGGCGGGGGCUAAUUUCGUUUCGUUAAUAAUUUUGCCGACGAAGCAAUUUGCUACUUUUUUUUUUUUUUUUUU